UUCAAAAAAAAAGUUGUCGUCAUACUCAAUUUUUUUAAUGUAACCAUAUUUUACAAUGAUUCUGUAGAUCUUAUAGAUCUUUAGUUAAAAUGGAUAAGACUGCCGUGUUCAAAGCGUACGUUAAGACUAUCAAAACGAGAAACCGAGCUUUUGGGUCCCCAGCACCGCCACAGGCGGAUAUUCUAAAACAGCGUAAGCCGCGUAGAGACGAAUUUUCUCGUAGGGCCAAAGAUAUUGUCAACGAUCUAGUCAAGCUGACAGACUUCUUGAACCGUCAUUUUAAGGACUAUAUUGAUGUCCAGGCUUUCAAUCAGCAAACUACGUUAACAGAUGCAGAUCGUGACAAAAUCGAUAUUGGCGCACAACACAUUAUCAAAACAUGCAGUCAACAGUUAAUCCUCCUAAAAAAGAGUUUGACUGGUGAUUGCAGUCAAAUCGAUGAUCAUAGACGGCAGAUUAUACGCUAUGUUGAAUGGCGACAAAAAUCUGUCACCAAAUUGUUUGCAGAGAUUAAAGCAACACGAGCGCAAAGGUGUCUAGAGUAUGAGAACGUUUCAAAAUUGAGCAACUUGACUCACGGUUUUGAACCCCCAAAAGAAACCAAUAAUGUAGCCGUAGUAGAUUAUGAAGCAGCUGACCGACAAUAUGCUGCUCAACAAGAUGACGAAUUAUCACCAGAAGAAUUGCAAAUGUUUGAAGCUGAAAAUAUAGAAAUGUACAACGAAUUAAAUCAAUUAUCAAAUGAAGUAAGAAAUAUAGAGUCUAAGGCUGUACGAAUUGCUGAAUUGCAAGAGUUGUUUACAGAAAAAAUAUUGGAACAAGAUCAGGAUCUCGAGAGAAUUGACACGAUUGCAGUGAAUACCACCGAGAACAUUGUUGAUGCCAAUACUGAAAUAAGAUCAGCUAUACAAACCAACGCUGGUCUUAGAGUGUAUAUAUUAUUUUUUAUAUUAGUACUUUCAUUUACCUUACUAUUUUUAGAUUGGUAUAAUGAUUAAAUGUGAUGAACUAUUAUACCAAAACCACAAAUCACUAAUAUGUCUAUCAAAAUUGGUAUUGUUGAACAAGUGAUUAUUUGUUUUGGAUAAGGUGAACUUAUUGUGAUGAUUUUAUGUACCUUUGGUUAAUAAUUUAUUAAGUUUAAUAUUAUUUAUUCAUUAACUGCGGUUUUAAUUUCACUUGAA